GUGUCAAACUGGGUAUAAAUCCAACGAUGAAAAAGUGUCAACUUUUUCGUUCCCAAAAAAUGAAGAGAUGCAGAAUAAAUGGAUCAAAGCAAUACCAAGGAAGGAUUUUAUUGUAUCUAAAAAUGCAGCUAUUUGUGCUAAGCAUUUUACUGCUGAUCAAAUUAUCACAAAAUGGACAUCAGGAGUAGGUGAACAAAAAGUUGUUGUAAACUUGAAGAUUCCAAAACUGCAAAAAAAUGCAAUACCAUGCUUGUUUCCUGGACCAAAAUAUUUGUCUAAUCCACAGAAAAAAAGGAAAUCUCCCACAAAAAGAGUUUCUUUGGGUAGUAAUUGUAGGAAUUCUAAAAGCAUAAAACUAACCGAAGUUGAUUCUAAACUGUCUGAAACUGUUAUAAAUAAGGAUGUAUUGAAUCAAGAAACUUCUGUAUUUCUUAAAUCUUCUAUCAUUCCUACUAUAGAAUACUUUGAAAACAUGUGUAGGGAAAUUGAGUUGACUAAACUUCCAGAUAAUUGGAAAUAUGAAAUCAACAGAGGAAAAAAUACAAGUAUUACAUUUUAUACGGUACAAUGUAAUGAAAAUGAGGUUGGAGUUUUUAUUGAAAAACAGAUAUCUCUUGAAACGGAUAUGAUUGUUAAAUGUAAAUUAUAUGAUGUAUUUGUUGACAUUCAAGAUAUACGUCCAAAUUUAAAAGUGUUGACAUUUGAUGAACUGAUUUUAGUUUUAAAUGCUGUUAGCACUAAACAAGUUUGUAAAGGUGGACCUUUAGUUAGAGAAUUUGAUGGAAUAACAGUUGAAUGUGCAGAUAUAGUUCAAAAUCAUUGGCGACAUAAAAAAUGCACAUUUUUAAUUGAUAUUUCAUCUAUUAAAACUAAAUGUAUGUUUUGCGAUAGAUUAAGAAUUGCAUUUCGGAUGAAAAAAUCAAGAUUAUCUGCUGGUAAAUCUACUAGAUUAUUAUUAUCACCUUCAAAAAAACAUCAGUUGGAUACACUUC